AUGCCUGUCGGCCAGCUGCGACAUUUGAUCGAGCUCGAGGAAGAUGAAGACCAUCCCAAGAAGAAUCGAACUCCUCUUCCAUACUAUUGCGCAGCUCUGGAAAAGCGAUGGGAAGCAUUCGAGACGCAAUCAACUAGCCACACAGUGGGCAUGAACCUGCUGGAGAAGCUCGCGUCGAUGCGUGCGGAUGAAGAGAUGGAGGAGCCCGUCGCGAAGGAUGUCGUGAUGCAUUUAGUGGAGAGUGGACAUCUCUUGCUGCAUCAACGAUUCCGAGCUGCGUUUGUGGAGCGAUGGGUAGCGGCAGAGGUGAUUGGAUUGUCUGACGGCGACGAGAACGGGAUCAUCAGUGGGCGUUUACGUGCUCUUCAGUCGUGCAUGGAUCUGGUUCAUUUGCUCAGAUACAAGCGCGAGUUCGUGUUUGAUCAAGACGACUGCUCAGUGGCCAAGAUGUACAUCGAGCACACUGUACUCAGCAUGGACGCCGGUACAGGAGCUGACGCUCGUGGUAUCAAGCAGCAGGUGGCUGCGAAUUUUGAGCCACUGCGUCUUGAAGUGGCGAGUGAAUUCUAUAAAGAGUACGCAGUGCACUUACGUACGCUUGGUUUCCGACGUCUUCGGACGCUAGCUACCAGCAGAAGCCAUGCACGUGCCUUCCCUGCGGACCCCAGCGCAGCAAACGAGAGCGACAUACCUGCCAAAGAAGGCUUCUCCGAGUACUUUUACCACCCGUGGCUUGACGCGUCGCACGACUUCCACGACGCAGAGAAUGGACACGGUCACAGUGUAGGCAAGCAUCAAAGUGAGGAUGACGCGUUUGUCGUGACCCCACCGCUGCCUUGGAAGAAAGCGGCCACGUUCCAGAACAUCGGCAAGGGGCUUCAAUGCUUCUUGCAAGCCUUUCCGGAUCCGCCUAUGGAACCCAAGAAGUUCAUCGUGGCUAAGUUCAAGCCUGGUUGUAAGAACUAUGAUCUCCACCACGUGCUCUGGAUCAAUGACAACCAGAUUCAGGAACUUGACGGCCUGGACGGUUGCUUCCGUCUCAAGCAGAUCAACGCUCACAACAACUGCAUCCGCUCCAAUAUUCCGUCCAACACAUCGAUCUCCUCACUUACUUAA